GGUUGUCAGUCAACAACGUAGACUAAUUUGAGACCACCAAUUUUGUGGUCACUCUUGUACUUUUUAUCAAAUGUAAUUGUUCAGGUCGCAAUAAUGUAGAUAUUAACGAUAUUUAUCCGACACUGAUACCUAUCCGUCCGUGAAUUUGGCAGUGCUAACUGUCGUUGUUGGCAUUUUUGCAGGCGGCUAGAUUGUGAAGACAGCUAACCGCAUCACGACACCAUCAGCAAUGUCUUGGGGGGUUGUUUUCCUUCACCGGAUAACAACUGUUAGUUAGUAGCUAUCCUCCACCCAUGUUGAAGCUUAAGAUUGUGUUGUAACUUUUUUCUGUGGCAAACACACUGAAGAAUAUUAGGGAGCUACUGUUACGUUAAACAUCUGUUUUCUUUUACUUGUUUACUAGAGCAGGUUAGCUACUGUAGCUAGCUAGCACUGACAAGAAGACAAAUGUGGCAAAGCGUCGGUCUCACUGUGUUAGUAAUUGUGGCCACCCUGGUGUUCGCGUUACUAUUCAUGGUUUUUGGUUGGUAUGUAGUCUGGCAGCUCUUCCUGUCCAAGUUCAAGUUCCUGCGUGAGAUGGUGGGCGACACAGGUUCUCCGCAGGCCGAGACCCAGCCGUCCCAAGCCAAGAGCGAGCGUACCUCUCCUCCAACUCCACGCCAGAGGCCCAAGACUGCCCGGCAGAGGGUUGUUCCUCCAGAUAGCACUACAUAGACAAAGCCGCAUCCAAACCUCUUUCUGCCACACCCUUUUUAAUUCACAGAUGGGUACAUGCUCUCUUGAAAUGCCCCAGGUGUGGUCUUAUAGGAAUAGAACAGACUUGGAACGGCUAGUCCUGGAUAUCUGACUGGUAGAACUGUGGGUACACGUGCAGUGGUUUCCUGGUGUUAUGAUGGAAGGCUUCAUGAUUAUGUAGAAUGUUCAUUCAAAAACACUAACCGAUGUGGCUCAUGCAAAGGAAUGUGUUGUAAUGUUACUCAAGUUGAUUUGACAAAUCACAGAACUUAUUGAUGGGUUAACUUGCUGCUUCGACUUCCCACGGUUAUACUUCCUGUUUAGCUCCUGUGGGUACACUUUCAACGGCCACCGAUCCGCCCAUUUUGCCAUCGAGUUGAGCAAGGGCCGCCUGUUCUAGUUGUUCUAUUUCUAUGUGCGCAUCAUUGUGUGUGAAAAGCACGAGGGCCGUCUUCGGCCCCUCUUGUUCACCACACACCGGUCCUACCAGGAACCAGGGGGGGAAGGAAUAAAACACACUGUCCAUCUGGUAUGUAGGAUCUGUGGGCACUCCUUCCCUCCCUGAUCCAUCCCUCCAUUCUGCACUACCUACUGACCUCCUCUGUGUCCAGACUUGAUACUCUAGGCUGCUUCCUAUGUAGCACCUUGUUCCAUGUACAUUAUAGGACACUGCUUUGGACCAGGGACCUCCCUGUGGGCCUUCCCUGAGGAUGUUCCCUGUGUCAAAAAUAGUGUACUGUAUGGGAAAUAGCAUCUGGGACAUAGUCCUUCUCUGAUCCUAGACAUGCUCUUCUCACUAGACUAGGUGUAGCUACUGAUGUUAUAAAGGGACAAGCCAUCACAGCACAUUUGAUAUGUCAUUUGUUCAAGUUCCAAAUAUAUUUAACUGUUCAUUGGUUGUGUGCUGAGCAGCAUGUCAGGUCUCUUCCCUGGCCUUCACUGACACCCUACAACACGGUCAGCUCUGACUGACUGACACCGCAACAUGGUCGGCUCUGACUGGCUGACACCGCAACAUGGUCGGCUCUGACUGGCUGACACCGCAACAUGGUCGGCUCUGACUGGCUGACACCGCAACAUGGUCGGCUUUGACUGGUUGACACCGCAACACAGUCGGCUCUGACUGGCUGACACCGCAACAUGGUCGGCUCUGACUGGCUGACACCGCAACAUGGUCGGCUCUGACUGGCUGACACCGCAACAUGGUCGGCUCUGACUGGCUGACACCGCAACAUGGUCGGCUUUGACUGGUUGACACCGCAACACAGUCGGCUCUGACUGGUUGACACCGCAACACAGUCGGCUCUGACUGGUUGACACCGCAACACAGUCGGCUCUGAAUGGUUGACAUCGCAACUCGGUCGGCUCUGACUGGCUGACACUGCAACAUGGUCGGCUCUGACUGGCUGACACUGGCUGGUUGUUUUGCUGCUGACACCUACAUAGGGGAUUUCUGUCUCUGUUCACAAAAAGGUGUGAAUUCUCUCGUGACUGUGUGUUUUUGAACGUGGAUACAUUAGCACAUACGUGAGUUUGUAGCAAAGCCUAUUUUUCACAAAUAACUGACAACUGUUGUAUCAUGAACUUGUAACGUUUAUGUUCAUAGGCACACAAAAUCAACUGUUUUUGAAAAGGAAGGAAAACAGAAUUAAACAUUUUGUAUGAACUGACAACCGAAGUACUUUGAUGCAUGUUAAUUUCACUAUUUCUAACAAGUGCAAUGAUAGGAAUGAUUUAUUCCAUUGUAUCGUUGGUCAGAACAGGCAUGGGUAUGUUACGUCCGUAAGUUAUUGUUACAUCACCAAGACUAUGUCUAUACGCUGUCUGCGUCAGGGGUCUCUGGGAGGAGUGCAGAUUUUGGGUCACCUUUUGAAUCCCAAUGAAUAUGAUUUUAUAGACACAGGGCACACCUGAUCCUAGAUCUGCACUCCUUACUCUGUUUAAUGCCAGAGGCCCCGUAGCUCUGCAAAAAGCCUAACUAAUGGGCUAACUCAUUGCUCUGGCUAGCUAAUGUUCCAGGGAUGCUUACCAGGGUGUGUUCCCUAGCAACCAGUAGGACGAGAAGAACAAAUACGAUGACAACCUGACCUGAACUUGUCCUGUAUGAAACAUUUCUUUUUGUUUUCCAUUGCAUUAUACUUAGCUACGGUAAGCACUAAUGAAUACACCCCUACAUGAUAACAUAAUAGGAUACAUAUUUUCCCCUC